AUGGUGUCUGGGCCUGUAAAGGUCACAGCGUGGUUCCAAAAAACAACGUCUCGAUCUAUAUCCAGUGGCUUUUCAACUCUUCCCCUCCUGAGGGCUAAAACUUAUAGAAUUCCAGUUUUUCGUUAUUCCUCCACUGUUAAGCAAGAUAUGGCAUCCUCUUUAAAUAUCGUUGUACGUAGAUAUGAUAAUAUAACCAAAUCACCUAACGAUAACCGAGAAUAUCGUGGACUGCAGUUAUGUAAUGGAUUGAAAGUUUUGCUCAUAUCUGAUCCUACGGCUGAUAAAUCAGCGGCUGCCAUGGAUGUAGCAGCAGGACAUCUUAUGGAUCCUUGGGAGAUACCCGGUACUGCUCAUUUCUGUGAGCAUAUGCUUUUCUUAGGAACUGAAAAGUAUCCCUCAGAAAAUGAAUAUGGAAAGUUUAUAACUUCUCAUGGCGGAGGAACAAACGCUUUCACUAGUUCAGAUCACACAAAUUAUCAUUUUGAUAUCAAAACAUCAGAAUUAUAUGGAGGCUUAGACCGUUUCGUUCAGUUCUUCUUAUCUCCACAGUUCACUGAAAGCGCUACUGAAAGAGAAGUAUGUGCUGUUGAUUCAGAGCAUUCAAAUAACUUGAAUGUGGACUCCUGGCGUAUUCUGCAAAUUAGCAGGAAUCAAUCCAAACCUGGCCACGACUACGGAAAAUUUGGAACGGGUAACAAGCAAACUCUCGUAGAAGAUGCUAGAAAACAGAACAUCGAGCCUAGAGAGGCUCUUCUUAAUUUCCAUAAGAAAUGGUAUAGUUCAAACAUAAUGUCGUGUGCUAUCAUUGGUAAAGAAUCUCUAGAUACCUUAGAAUCUUAUUUGGCUUCAUUGAAGUUCCACGAAAUUGAGAAUAAGGACGUAGAAAAGAAAGAAUGGCUUGAGCAUCCUUAUGGCCCAGAACAACUGAAAAAACGCGUUCAUAUUGUCCCCAUCAAAGAUACAAGACUUUUCAAAAUGGUGUUCCCUAUCCCUGAUUAUGACAAGGAGUACAAAUCCAGCCCUAGCAACUAUAUAACUCAUCUUAUCGGACAUGAAAGCAAAGGAUCUAUUCUGUCAGAGCUGAAACGUCGUGGAUGGGCAUCCUCUCUGUCAUCCGGCAGAGUUGAACUUGGAAGAGGAAUGCAUGUAUUCAAUAUUAUGAUGGAUCUUAGUCCAGAUGGACUGGAGCAUAUAGAAGAGAUUAUUGAAUUAGUUUUGAACUAUAUAUCAUUGAUCAAGCAGGAAGAGCCAAAGCAAUGGAUUCAUGAUGAGCUUAAAGAAAUUUGUCAAACCAAGUUCCGGUUUUUGGAUAAGCAAAGUCCAUCUACUUAUGCCACCAAUUUAUCUGUGCGGCUUCAAGAUAAGCCCUUCGAAGACAUUUUGACUUACAAAUAUUUCCGUGAUGAAUUCAAACCAGAUCUGAUAAAAGACAUUUUAAAUCAUUUGCAUCCUGACAAUAUGAUGUACUACGUUGUUUCCAAGAGUUUCGAAGGACAAGAAGGAAACACAAAUGAGCCUGUUUAUGGUACAGAGAUGCGUUUAGAUGACAUACCUGAGGAUAAAUUGGAAGGCUUCCGUAAAGCUUUGAAUGCUCAGAAUCCUGUUUUCCAUUUCCCUGAAAGGAAUAAUUACAUUGCCACCCAGUUUGAUCUGAAACCAAGAGAUACAGUCAAGAGUGAACAUCCCCGUAUUGUUUAUGAUGACCAAUGGACCCGAGUAUGGCACAAGCAGGAUGAUGAGUACCAAGUCCCCAAGCUUAUAACCAGGUUUUUCAUUACUUCACCAGCAGUUUCCAGCUGUCCUAAAACAGCUACUUUAUCUACAAUGUUCUUCUAUUGUUUAAAUGAUGCACUAGUUGAGGAAAACUACAAUGCAGGGUUAGCAGGAAUGGAUUGUGCAAUUUAUGUCACAACUACUGAUACUCAAAUCGCGUUCGGCGGUUAUGACGAAAAGCAGAGCGUAUUCAUCGAGCAUUUGUUCAAAGUUCUAGUCAACUUCAAGCCAGAUCCUGUGAGAUUCAAUGUAUUAUUGGAGACACUAAAACGAUCAUAUCAAAACAACGUGCAUUCUCAACCAUACCAGAACAUUCAGCAGUACACUACUAUGGUACUUUCGGAAAAGUACUGGACUGAUGAACAAUGUUUGUCAGUCGUUGAUAGCAUUACUUUGGAAGAUGUUGAGCAAGUCGCCAAAAACUAUUUCAAAGCUUUCCAUCUCGAGGUCUAUUCACAUGGAAACUGCACUGAAGAGGAGUCAAUCGCUAUGGCACAGAGGGUAACUUCUAUUCUGAAAGAUUCAACGAAGUCUCGACCACUAUUCAAAAACGAAAUGCUCCCAAUCAGAGAGUAUAUGUUGGAGAACGAACAUGAUUAUAUCUACCGUUCUUAUCAGAAGACACAUGACGUAUCUUGUGUGAAUGCCGUGUUCCAAAUCGGCUUGCAGAACACUCGUGACGAUACCAUCACAAAACUAUUUUCUCACCUCAUCCGUGAGCCUGCAUUCGUACAACUCAGAACUAAUGAGCAAUUGGGAUAUGUUGUUUCAACAUCUCAUCGUGCUGAAGGCGGAACUAUGGGAUUGAAAAUGCUUGUGCAAGGACCCAAGGAGCCAACUUAUGUUUUAGAACGAAUCGAAUCCUUCCUAGAAGGCACUAGGCAAACACUCAUUGAUAUGCCCGAGAAGGAUUUCAACGAAAAUGUAGAUGGAUUGAUUGCUAGCUUGUCUGUCAAACCUAAAACUUUAAAUAGUCGUGCUAUGCAUUUCAUGACUGAAAUGUUCUUGAAAUUGUAUGACUUUGAUAGAAAAAACAAAGAGAUCGAGGUUCUCCGAACUUUAACAAAAGAUGAUGUAAUAGCCUUCUAUGAUAAGAAAAUAGCCAAAGGUGCACCAGAAAGAAAGAAGUUAUCAAUUGUCAUAUACUCUAAGAGUGAUAACGCAGAAGACGUUAAGGAUAGAGUCAAGCGAGAAAACAGUAGUAAUGCAGAGAUUGAGAUUGAGGACGUAGAGGAAUUCAAAAUGUCUAUGCCUUUAUACGGAAGACCGAAAUUAGCCCUACCUAUUCCUCAUGUGGGGAAAAAUCCUCUCGAAAUUAUCGAGAGCUAA